GAGGGGUCCCUUUUCCUGCAAAAAUUCGUAUUGACGAUAUACAAUAAUAAUAAUAAAAAUGUCACGUUUAAUGUUGAAACAGAGUCGCUUAUUUAUGCGUUCAAUGCCUUCAGUCGCACGUCGUACAUUCUUUUCUGCAGGCAUUCAACGUCUUGAACAACCUCAAUCCAGUAGUAAAACAACUCACUUUGGGUUCCGCGAUGUAGCAGAAGAAGAAAAGGAAAGCCUUGUACAUAAUGUUUUUGCUAAUGUUGCAAGUAAAUAUGAUGUUAUGAAUGAUGCAAUGAGUUUAGGAAUUCAUCGCAUUUGGAAAGAUGAAUUCAUUCGCUCUAUGGCUCCUGGCCCAGGAACAACAUUAUUAGAUGUUGCUGGUGGCACUGGUGAUAUUGCAUUAAAAUUUUUAGAUUAUUGUAAAAAUAUUCAUCAUGAUAGUACAGCCACAGUGAAAUUAGUUGAUAUUAAUCCUCACAUGUUGGAAGAAGGCAAAAAGAGAUUUCAAAGAACAUCUUAUGCAAAUACCAAUCAAGCAAGCUUUUUAGUACAAAAUGCUGAACAUUUAGAUGAUAUCCCUAAUGAAUCCGUGGAUGUUUACACAAUUGCUUUUGGUAUUCGUAACUGUACACAUAUUGAUAGAGUAGUGAAGGAAGCUUAUCGUGUUUUGAAAAAGGGAGGACGUUUUAUGUGUCUUGAAUUUAGUAAAGUAGAUAAUCCAAUUGUCGGAAAACUCUAUGAUAUUUAUUCAUUUGAUGUUAUCCCUGCCCUGGGUCAAGUCAUUGCUGGUGAUCGCGACUCAUAUCAAUAUCUAGUUGAAAGUAUUCGUAAAUUCCCACCUCAAGAGGAAUUUGCUCAAAUCAUUCGAGAUGCUGGUUUCAAGACAAUAGGCAAAGGCUAUGAAGAUCUUACCUUUGGUGUUGCUGCUAUUCAUAGUGGAUUUAAGAUUUAAAUGAAUAUCACUUUUUAUUAAAAUAAACUGUGGAUAUUUAUAAUAAAGAAUUAGUUUUUUUUUUUUUUUUUUUUUUU